AUGGCUGCCCGCAACACCCUCCGCCGCUCGUUGCUAUACGUCCCUGGAUCCUCCCAGCGCUUUCUUGACAAGUCACGCUCUCUAGCAGCGGACUGUGUCGCAUAUGACCUGGAAGACAGCGUCACUCCGCACAUGAAGGCGGAGGCCCGUGGCUUGGUGCGGAGAGCCAUCGACCAGCCCGCACCAGCAGGAAUUCGGGAGCGCGCAGUCCGAAUCAACUCUGUGGAUAGUGGAUUGGCGUUGGGAGACCUUACAGAAGUCGUGAGUAGCUUCAAAGAGGCACAAUCACCCAGGGCAAGAGCUAAUCCUGAACAACAGCUCCAAUCGCCUAACCUGACCACCAUCGUUAUUCCCAAGGUCAAUUCCGCCUCAGACCUUACCUUCGUCACAGAUGUAAUCACGCACACCCUCGCCGCACAACAGCAGUCACUGGAAUCACGCCCUCCGAUCUCCCUCCUCGCCCUCGUCGAGUCCGCGAAAUCACUAACUAAUCUAUCUCAAAUUUGCUCCGCUUCCCCGCUCCUCCAAGGCCUAAUCUUCGCAGCCGAAGACUUCGCCCUAGAUUUAAGCAUAACGCGCACGCCCUCCCUAUCCGAGUUCCUCUUCGCGCGCUCCGCAAUCGCGACAGCCGCUCGCGCGGCCGAUCUCCCCUCAACAAUCGAUCUUGUCUGCACAUCCUACAAAUCCGACAAAGCAGACGGAUCGCCGCCAGCUGCAUUAGAAGAGGAGUGUCGGGAUGGUAGGAGAUUGGGUUUCAAUGAGAAGCAGUUGAUCCACCCGACGCAGGUGAAGGUUGCGAAUGCGAUUUUCGGACCUGAUAUUGAGGAGUCCAAGUGGGCUAUGCGAGUUGUUAUUGCGGAUGAGAAGGCUGCUACUGCGGGGAGGGGGGCUUGGACUUUAGAUGGGAAGAUGAUUGAUGUGCCUGUUGCUAGGAAGGCGAGGGCAAUUGUUGACAAGGCAGAGGCUUGUGGUGUUGAUGUUAGAGCUUUGCGGGGAGAAUGGCAGCAUCAGGAGCCCGAGUAA